CCAAACAACUUCAAUGUGAAUUAUUGCUUGCCUUUUGUUGAUGGCGAAAAGGUGAAACCAGGUCCAUUCGAUACAAGUUAGAUAUAAAGAGACAAUUGAGAUAUAUAUAUAUAUAGAGAGAGAGAGAGGGAGGGAGUGAAAGAGGGGUUUUUAUGAUGAGUGGUAAAUUCCUAGAGGAAUUUGACCACAAAGUGUUGCAGGAUUUUAGGGAGCAAUUAUCAGGUGUGCUUGGAUAAGAUGUGAUUUUGAGAGAGACAACUUUGUUAGUUAACACUCUGAGAGUUCAUGGUUGGGUCUAGGAGAGGUAAAUAUGGAUAAAAGUAGAGGGAUUUGAUUGUUUUUUGUGUUCGGUUUCCUUGAUUUGAAGGGAGGGGAGAUUUUUGUGUCAGCAUCUCGAGGUUAAGAGGUUUCAAGUUGCUGUGCCUGUGAUCUGUGAACUGAUUGGUGGAUGUUUGUGUUUGUAGAUUUGGAGAUUGAUUGAUUUCUGCAAGAGAAUAUACUGGGUUAAAAAGUGACCUUUAUUUUAGUGGAUACUGGUUUUACUUGGUUUAGUUAAAGUUUAUCUGGUGCUUUGUUCGAAUUCUCUGAGAUUGAGAUUCAGUGCAUUUGUAGGCAUCAAGAGGAGCUAUUUCGCAAUAUUGGGGAAGAAGCAGAUCGGAUAUUGUUCUCGUAAACGGAAUAAAGAUUGGCUUUCCUAUUUACAUAAACAGAGAUGACUAGCACUUAGAUACAUCAAGAUUUAAAGGAUCUGGUUUCUAAUCGCUUGUGGAUUACAUGAAGUACUCUUUGUGAAGUGAUUCUAUGAGUUCUGUCUCGCUGAUGGAGUGGAAUGGCAAACCCCACUUGCAGUGGGACUGGGAAAACCUGAUAAUGUUCAAUGCAAUAACAAAUGAAAAUUCAAAGCAGUUAAGCCUAGCAGAUUUGGAAACUGAUGGAGAAAAAGGAAAUGAUUCUGGGUUUUUCUAUUCGUCUGGGAGUGUAAGCAGAAGCCGUGGAUCUAUCUCUGACUUGGAACUUGCUUCUUUCUCAAAGAGCUCGAAGUCAGCUUCCACCAAUUCUUCAUCAGCUGGGGAAGUUAAAACAUCCAAAUUCACUUUGGAGGCCUCUAAAACAAAUCCAUCAGAUUACAAUAAGGAAGAACUUGUGAAGGCUAAGGCAACUGAUACUUCUCCCACGCUUGAAGCUUCAGUUGGUUCAGGUGAUCAGCUACUUGGUUUGAAGCUUGGUAAACGAACAUACUUUGAAGAUGCUUGUGCUGGGAGCAAUGCUCAGUCUUCAUCAAUUUCUACAAUUCCUGUGCCUUCCUUUACUCCAGCAAAGAAAUUGAAGUCCAGUAAUCAUACUCAGCGUGCUCCACGCUGUCAAGUAGAAGGCUGUAACCUUGACCUCUCAUCAGCUAAAGAUUACCAUCGCAAACAUAGAGUUUGUGAAAGCCAUUCAAAGUGCUCAAAGGUCAUUGUAGCUGGUUUGGAACGCAGGUUUUGCCAGCAGUGUAGCAGGUUCCAUGGUCUGUCAGAGUUUGAUGAAAAGAAGAAAAGCUGCCGCAGGCGACUUUCUGAUCACAAUGCAAGACGCCGCAAACAGCCAGGAUCUGUCCAUUUGAAUCCUUCAAGACUUUCUUCAUCUUUAUAUGGUAUUGAUGAGAGGCAACAGAUGAGUCAUGUUUGGGAUAAGGCGCCCCUUGUUCAUUCCAGGCCCAAUGCAAAUUUGACAUGGGAAAGCACAUCCACCUCCAAGUUCACAAUAACGAAAGAGUAUGUAGCAAAGCCUGCAGAAAUAGGUGGUAGUGAUAGGAGACUCCACUUUUCUGGCAUUGAUCUGACAAAUAGCAUUGCUAUUCAGCACCAUCAUAAGUCUAAUGGCUUCUUACCAUCCAAGGCCAAGGGCACUGCAGGUUUGGACUACUCCCUCAUUCCUUCCAAAGCGGAAGCAACACCAGAAUUUCAUCGUGCAACACCAGAAUUUCACCGUGCUCUCUCUCUUCUGUCAACCGAUUCAUGGGGUUCAUGUGAGCCACAAUCUAUUUCAUUUGAACAGCCCAUGCAUGCAAAUCACACCAGCAUGCAUCAGUCUGUGCUGCACGCUGUACCCCAAAGCUCACCACUUGCUUCAUCAGAGUACUGGAGGACUGAGCAACAGUCAAAUGACCCUCAAGUGCAUACCUUGAGUUCACGCACUGAUGGUAGCAAUUACCUUCAAGAGUUUCAGCUGUUAAGAACAUCAAACGGGAAUGACUUCUAUUCCAGUCACAUGAACUGACUGCUGAAGUGAUUUAUCAUUUUCAUCUUAACAAAUGAAGUGAAGGAACUUGACGAUCCUGGCUCAUGCUGUAAGGAUUCGGAUCAUGGUGGUUGUGAAGUUCUAUGACAUUUCUCCUUAAGUAAACAUUUGGAGUGGUCAAGGAUAGAACACUGAUUUGAAGAUCAUCGUGAUCCGAGUUAAUAAAAUUUCUAGGAACCUAAGACUUAAAUUGCAACCUGCGAUUGCCUUGAAGCAUCUUUUAAAAAUCCCUCGGGAUCUAAACUACUGUUUUUUCUUCCGUUAAUGGACAUGGCAAGGCGCCAGUGAGUUUACCUCUUGAGCUGUAAAAUGCUGGAAAUUGCGAGUACUUAACUGCAGGUAUGAAUGAUCUUUCAGCCCUA